AUGAAUCGUCGAAGUUCACGCAGUCAUUGCAUCUUCACCGUGAUCAUUGAACAGAGGUGUGUUCCGCUCAAUGAAACUGUGACAAGUCGACUAAGUCUGGUGGACUUGGCAGGGAGUGAAAAGGUCUCCCAGACACGAACAAUGGGUAACACUCUGAACGAGGCUAAGGACAUCAAUCGAUCGCUGUCAACGUUGGCAAAUGUCAUCAAUGCCCUGGUGGAUGGGAGCCGUCACGUACCCUACCGAAAUUCCAAACUAACUCGAAUCCUGCAACCAUCUCUGGGUGGAAAUGCCAAGACAAUUAUUGUCAUUUGUGUUUCGCCGUCAGAAGCCAACGAAUCGGAGACCAAGUCCACCCUACAUUUUGGAAUGCGAGCCAAGAGAUUGAAGAAUGAGGUGAAACGCAAUUUUGCAACGAAGACUAACCAAUGGAAACGCCUCUACGAUAAGGAGCAUGAAUCAGUCUCCCUCCUGAAGAGUGUAGUCGGUCGUCUGGAGAGCGAAGUCGGACGUUGGAGACGGGGCGAAAUAGUGCCCGGUUGUGAGUGGUUCAAACCUGAAAAGUACAUCUCUGCAUCCAAUUUUUCUAUCAACUCGUCUGCAUCGAAUUUUUGCGGACGUGUACAGGAUGAGAUGAGCCGGGAGUUGAAAGAGAAGGAAGCUCAAAUUUCGCGUCUCCAGGAGGAGAAUAGUCGGCUACAAUCAAUGAUAGCUGAUUUGAGACUCAAUGAAAUCAAAAAGUCAGCUUCCAAAUCUCAAGACGACUGUGGUGUCCUAAAGAAUGAGUUAGACCUGAAGCAGAGGCAACUUCGCGACCUGUCCAAAGUGAUGGAGGACUUCGCCUUAAGACUGGAGGCAAAAUCGCGGCAAAUGGGGGAGUUGAUGGAGGAGGUGAAUGGGCUCAGAGCUACCCUAAAACAAUACCACAACCGAGAUGAACUUGAAGUGGUGAAGCUAAAAAAGGACAUUACCAAGGAACUGCAUGACAUUGCUUCCAAACUGUACCGUGUCGGUAAAGUCUGGGUGCCUUCCAUUCCAGAUAGAUGUUUGGAGUACUCGGAGGACGUGUUGGAGGACCAAUUGGCGUAUAUGCGGUUCACCUUAAAGUGCCUCGGGGACACAGGCACUACGGUGGAGGUCAAACCUUCAAACGAUUCAAAAACGAUGCCCCAACAAAAUGUUAAGAAGGCAAGUUGA